UUCCAUCGGCCGCCGAGCGGGUCUAUAGUUCCUCCGCGAGGCCACCUCUGGUCCCUCUCCUUCGGCUUGCCCUUGUACCGCUCAAACUAGCAAAAUGGCCAAGUCUAAGAACCACACUGGCCACAACCAGAACCGCAAGUGCCACAGGAACGGCAUCAAGAAGCCCCAGAAGAACAAGUUCCCCAGCCGCAAGGGCAUGGACCCCAAGUUCCUGCGCAACCAGCGGUACGCCAAGCGCCACAACAAGAAGGUCGAGUAAGCAGCCCGCUUUAGCGGAUGCGCUACCGGUCUGGUCUGUUCGACGGAGGCUAGCGGAGGCGAAGGGACUUGUGUGUUCGAUGUAACGCCAUUUUGCAA